AAACCCCCGUCCCCCCAAACUGCCACCCCGGUCCCGCAGGCUCUGGAGCGCCGCGCCGCGCCCCUGCCCGGCGGCGAGGAGGGCGAGUACAUGCUGGCGCUGAAGCAGGAGCUGCGCAGGGCCAUGAGGGGGCUCCCCUACUUCAUCAAACCGGGGGCGCCCCGCAGAGACAUCGAGCGCUACUCGGACAAGUACCAGCUCUCCAACCCCGUGGACAACGCCAUCGACUGGAACCCAGACUGGCGGCGGCUCCCGCGGGAGCUGAAGAUCCGCGUGCGGCGGCUGCGGAAAGGCCGACCCGCUGCCCUCGUCCCCAAGAAGCAGGUGACGCUGGACAAGGAGGAGGCCAUUAAGAAGCUGGAGAGCCUGGAGAAGAAGGAGGAGGAGGUGACGUCAGAGGAGGAAGAGGAGAAGGAGGAGGAAGAAGAGGGGAAGGAGGAGGAGGAGGAGGAGUACGAUGAGGAGGAGCAUGAAGAGGAGACCGACUACGUCCUGUCCUACUUCGACAACGGGGAGAGCUUCGGCCCCGACAGCGACGACAACGGCGACGAGGCGGUGUACUGAGCCCGGGAACGGGCA